AUGACCUCGAUGACGCCCGACCAUGCGCAGACGCGCGACUGGACUAAUGGCGACUCUUCCGCUGUUCAGCAAGCGCCACUUUGGAUGCUUUCAGACGAUAUGCACCCUUCUUCGACGUUCUCGUACACCGCGCCACCUGCCCCAUACGAGCCCAAGCCACUCACAACAGUCAUCCCAUCCGACCCCUUGUCUUUCGGAGAGAUCAUGCACCACCUCGAGAGCCACCAACAGUCCCUACAGUACUUUGAAGCGAAUCAAAGUCUCGAUCCCGAAGGGCCUCAAGCCGGGGCCGAAGUGGCGAUGCUCAUUGGCAAAGCUCUGCAGCAUGGCACCCACAUCAUCCAGCCCUCCGCGCUCACGACGCUCAUCCUCCAAGAUCUCUCCUCCCUGGCGCUCAACGCGCUCGUGGUCAGCGUGUCCCUCCCCCGUCUGCAACUCCUCUAUAUAUCCCGCAAGCGAAGGUUCGGCGAAUCAGUGGCGGACGUUCAUCUGGAUCGCUUUCUGGGACCCAUGCACCAGACGCUGAAGGUCAUCACGCUGGAUGGCGUAGAGAUGGUUCCGGAGAAAGGGCUGCAGGCGCUGUCCAUGUGCCAGGGUCUUGAGGGGCUGACCUUGAAGCUCCCGAGCGACUUCUAUCCUUGGCUGUUGUAUCUCUUGGGCUCCGGGAAUCUGCCAUCGCUCGCGCAACUGGGAAUGACGCUGCAGCUGUCGGACAAGAUGGACAGCUCCAGGGUCGGCGCUCUGUUGGACCUGCUGGACUGCCGGCCACUUCUGCGCCAGGUCGAGCUGAGCGUGUGGCGAAUGCCCACCGACCUGCACCCGUUGACGACGGACAAGAUCAAGAACUUGAUGCAGAUCAGCAGACUGAACAUUCACGAACUGUACUUGACGGAUCCGAGCCUGCAAGGCAACGUAUGCGACCUGGAGGUGGCGGCAGCGGCGGCUGCAGAAGUGACGCCUGCGAGCCCAGCCAAGCGAAGCCGCAAGCCUCCUUCGAGAUCAAGACCAGAUCAGCAACGCAGCCAUCAAGCUCAGAGCCCCGGCUCUCGCAAGCGUCACCCAAGGGUCUUCCAGGCGUAG